AUGUGGCUUAAGGCCAUGAGCAUAUAUAUACAUACCAUCCCGGAGAAACUGGCUAUCUUCCCCCAUCUGACUAUAUUGCUGCUGGCCAUUGGCUGGUGCUUCACUGCCUGGCUCUUCGUUUAUGAAGUCACCUCCACCAAGCACACUCGUGAUAAAAAGCUCCUUGUCUCCAUGUUGGUCUCACUAUUCAUUGGUUUUGGAUUUCUCUUCUUGCUGCUCUGGGUUGGCAUCUACAUAUGA